CAGGAAACCCGGGCAUUCAACACCCAACCCAUCACCCUCCCCUCAUCCCAUGCAACACUCCAAAAAAAAAAAGAAGGAAAGAAAGAAGACAACACACACAGCAGCAGCAGCUCUCGUACACUCGGCUCACAAAGAGAAAUAGCAUUGAAGCAGCAGCAUCAGCAGCAGCAGCAGCAGCAUCAGCAGCAGCAGCAGCAGCAUCAGCAGCAGCAGCAGCAGCGGGGCAGAGGUGCACAUGAGAAAAGUCUCGAGAAACUACGGCGUCAAGCUCUGAUAUACAACGACCAGACCUCGCAACAUAAAAAUGAAUGGACAGAAGCAGUGGACGACGGCGGCGGUGACGGUGCUGCUGGUGCUAACGGUGAUGGCCGCCGAAGGAGGGAAAGUGGAGAAACAAGGAAAGAAGGAGCGCAAGUCCGACUGUGGGGAGUGGCAGUGGAGCGUGUGCGUGGCCAACGAGGGGGACUGCGGACUCGGCACCAGGGAAGGGACGCGCACCGGCACCGACUGCAAGCAGACCAUCAAGACCCAGCGCUGCAAGAUCCCCUGCAACUGGAAGAAGAAGUUUGGAGGCGAGUGCAAGUACGACUUCCAGGAGUGGGGGGAGUGUGAUCUGGCGACGGGCAAGAAGAACAGGACGGGAGUCCUGAAACGGGCGCUCAUGGACGCGACCUGCGCCGCCACCGUCACCGCCACCAAACCCUGUGGAAAAAUCCCCAAGACCAAGCUGCAAGAUGCAAAGAAGCAAAAGAAGGAAGGCAAGAAGCGAGAGCGCACCCAAAUGGACUGAUGAGAAAAAGAAGAAAGUGCCCUGUUUUAACAAGGUUCCUCUUCACGUGUCCUGUAGGUUGAACGGUAGGAGCCACUAGAGCUUUGACACAAACCAGUGGAGAGCGACGACUUUUAGCAACAACAACAACAACAACAACGUUUUACCUUUUUUCUUCUUUAUAUCGCCUGAUUUGUACGUUUGCCGUAUAGAAGACUUCUAACGCUAGUGUUCUCACCUCGUGUUAUUUCUCUAUUUCUGCGUCUUUUCUUCUGCAGAACAAAUUGGAUGAGGAUUUGUUUCACAGAUGCAGAUACUAACUGUAAUUUGGAGAUUUAUUUACGGUCGGUCCGUAAUGAGGCGGAUUGUGAAAAGUGAAGCUUUAAAAAACAUCUUCACUUCAUUAAUUAGGGCUUAAAAAUAAAGCUGUGCGUUUGCUGUCUUUCAAGUGGUUCGAGUAACUGUAGCUCUUUCCCCCUCUGUAUAACAUAUGUAUAUUUUUUAAUUUUAAUAAGAACCGGCAAAAACACAUGUUAGUUUUAUCCGGAGGCUGCAUGAAAAAUAGCUUCUCUAACGUGUGUGUGUGUGUGUG